AUGCCUUUGUCCACUCUGGUGCCUACUGACACGGCUCCUACAACCACUCUGUUGCCUCCCAACAUGGUUCCUAUGACCACUCUGCUUCCUCCUGAUGUGGCACCUCCUGAUGCAGUGGCUCCUGCAUCCAGUCCAAUGCAUCCUGACGCAGCUCCUAGGACCACUCCAGCACCUCCUGACACAGUUCUUAUGAUCACUCUGGCGUCUCCUGAUGUGGCUCCUACACCUAGCAUGGUGCCUCCCCUUGCAGCUCCUAAGCUAGCUAUGGCACCUGCACCUGCUGCAGUGCCUCCUCAUGACCAUUGUGGCAUCUCCACCCAAUGCAGCACUGCCGGUUCUCAUGCUUGUGGCACACUUUCCACCCUCUCGGUGGCUUUUACUACUGCCAGCACUGCAGCUGGCCUCGUCAAUGUCCCUCUCCAUCCGACCCACUAUCGGCCUUCAAUGCCCUAA